AUGGGCCAUCGUGCGUCCAAGGAGGUAGAAUGCGACUUGAGCCUGGAGCGGUUGGAAGAGAUUCGCAUGCUCACGCAACUGCCGAUCCCAGACAUCAUCAAGAUGCGGGUGCAGUUCUUAAAAUGGAGUCCAAGCGACGACAUGACCCAGGACCAAUUCUUUGCCAUUCCUGCGGUGGCCGUGAAUCCGCUUCGGCAUCGCCUGUUUUCACUGUUUGAAUUGUCCGCUUCCCAAACCAUUGCGUUCCAGGACUUUGCAAGCUUGAUGGCCAUCUUCACGUACCAUGGUUCCAGGGAUAGCAAACUGCGCCUGUCGUUUAAACUACAAGACAUGGACGGAGAUGGCCGAAUCACCAAGCCCGACUUGAUCGCAUACAUGAAGCUAGUCGUGGACUUUGGGGACAAGCUAGAUGUCUUGGCUAGUCGAACACUGGAAGAGGCGUCCACGGAUGCAUCUGGAGACUUUUUAUCAUAUGACGACUUUGCCAAAGUCGUCACCACAACAGACGACUACGAGACCAAGUUGCUGCUGGAACUAUCUUGA